CUUUCUCCACAAGACAAGACAAAACUAAACAAAACCUAAAACCUCUCUCUCUCUUUCUCUAAUAUUCUUUCACAAAUUCAUUCUUUCUUGCCGUUUUCGUCGUUUUGGAUCGAAGAUGAUGAUGAGGCAUGGUGGUGCUAUGAACACUGCAAUGAUGUUUGCAAAGAAGGGUUUAUUAGGUGGUGAAGUUGGUGUUCCAAACAAAUGGGGUUAUUUGGUUAGAUCAACCCCUCUUGUAAGGAAAACUAGUACUUUUACUGCUAAUCUGUCAGAUCAGAAAGACAACAAGAAUGUCGACAAAACUCCGCCAUCGUCUCAGGGUGGUGCUGGUGAUAACAAAGAUGAAAAAGGGAUUACCAGUUAUUGGGGUGUUCAACCUUCUAAAAUCACAAAACCAGAUGGUACUGAAUGGAAAUGGAAUUGCUUCAGGCCAUGGGAGACAUACAAAGCAGAUGUUACAAUUGAUCUGACUAAACAUCAUAAGCCAACAACUUUUCUGGACAAGAUGGCUUAUUGGACUGUAAAGAGUCUUAGGUGGCCAACUGAUAUCUUUUUUCAGAGAAGGUAUGGAUGCCGAGCAAUGAUGCUUGAGACAGUAGCUGCUGUCCCUGGGAUGGUAGGAGGAAUGCUGCUUCACUGCAAAUCAUUGCGCCGAUUUGAGCAAAGUGGUGGAUGGAUCAAAGCAUUGCUAGAAGAAGCCGAGAACGAGCGCAUGCAUCUAAUGACUUUCAUGGAAGUGGCAAAACCAAAGUGGUAUGAACGUGCUCUGGUCAUAACUGUCCAAGGUGUUUUCUUCAAUGCUUAUUUCUUAGGCUAUUUGCUCUCACCAAAAUUUGCACACCGUAUGGUUGGUUACCUUGAGGAGGAAGCUAUUCACUCAUACACUGAGUUUCUCAAGGAACUUGAUAAAGGCAACAUCGAAAACGUUCCUGCUCCAGCUAUUGCUAUUGACUAUUGGCAGCUUCCCCAAAACUCUACUUUAAGGGAUGUUGUAGAGGUUGUCAGAGCUGAUGAAGCACAUCAUCGCGAUGUUAACCAUUUUGCUUCGGAUAUACAUUACCAAGGACGAGAGCUACGGGAGGCUGCUGCUCCAAUUGGUUAUCACUAGAGACCAAUCUGUUGGCCUAUUUUAGUGAUGGUGAACUGUCAAAAGUUUAAGACUCAAAUUCUGAAGUCAAUAUUUUGGCUACAAAAAAAUAAAUAAAAUUGCUGAUGACAAUUAGUAUUAGUUGUUUUAUUGGUUUAUCUAAUGAUGCCAAUGUAUAAAACAGGGUGGAAUCUUUAUUUGUUUGAAGUCAUGAGAGUGCUUAUACUUCUACUGUACUGUACACUCUUGAGGGUGCAGGUGGGGGUUAUAUGACAUUUCUGAGAGCUUCGUGAUAAAUUUUGCUUAAUGAUUCGUUGAUAUAUUACUAUUCGAUAAAAAUCUCUAUUACUUCAUAGUUCAUUGUACAUAACUAUUAUUAGAGACAUGCUGCUUCUACUUUAUUUCAAGAGAGGAAUUGGAUUUCAAAUUUAAGGAGCAAUGAGCAGAAUGAACCGGUGAAGUUGAAAUCUUGGAAAAGCAAAAAUGUGGAACCAAUGCGAUGAUAUGUUGAGGAUUUUCUUUCUACAUAUCUACCACUUGGACACAAAAUUUCUUUCUACAUAUCUUCUUUGACUUUAAGAAUUGUGUGUAAAUAAAGACAAUAAUGGUGAGACUCACGGAACAACAAUCAAUGACAAGUGUAGCCCUGCCCUUAAUGUUGUAAAAUAGGCAAAGUGAAGGGAAAAUGAUGGAAAAAAACUUACUCUACUAAUAGAGUGAGUCAUCAGAAUGUUGAGGUGGAAGAAUCUUCUCUUUGGAAGAACUUGAUGUAAUUCACAAAGAGAUAAUUCUUUGACCAUGAUAUUGCCAGGUGCUACUACUUUCCUGCUUGUUCC